AUGGGUAUCCCUGAUGGAAUGUCAACUUGUGACAAAUGCACUACAACAUGCUCAGGAUGCAAAGAUAGGCCAUAUGUAAAGGCUUAUAGUGAGUCUGCUACAUCAUACCCAGGUGGUAGUGGCUACACAUAUGUCCACCGCGACUCAUCAAUUAUUAGUGCUAUGCAAAACUGGAUGAAAUUAUAA